AUGCUUUCCAAUUCAAUUGAACCAGCAGAAAGACACACCAAACUGCCAAUACCCACCCCACCAAUCACCAAAUCACCCCAAUAUCCAAAAUAUCUCUACUUCGCCUAUGGCUCCAACCUCUCCCCAGCCCAAAUGAAAUCCCGCUGUCGCAUAAACCCCGCUCACUCCGCCACCCCACUAGCAAUCGCAACCCUGCCAAGCUGGCGCUGGCUAAUCUGCGAGGCGGGCUACGCAAACGUCCUCCCACGACCGGGUCUGCGUGUCGCGAAUCAAGACUCCGAGACCGCACAUAAGAUCCCCGUUUCCGGAGCUGAAGACGCGGUCUACGGUGUUCUUUAUCAAAUGGAUAUUGGGGACGAGGAGAUCCUAGAUGGCUAUGAGGGGGUUGAUACAUGUGCGGCUAAUGCGAGGGUUGGGGAUGGUGUACCCAUUUCUGUUAGGCCUAAAGUGCAGGGAAAUGGGUCUUAUAAUAAGUGGUUUGUUGAGGCAGAUGUUGUGAAGUGGUUGGAUGGGGCGGAGGGGGUUAAGGGGCUUGGAGAUAAGGAGGGAAAGGUGCCGGUGUUGGUUUAUGUUGAUGAGAAUUGUGUUAGGCUUGCUGAGCCAAAGUUCGAGUAUAUUGCGAGGAUGAAUCGGGCUAUUCGGGAGUCGGUGAAGUUGGGAGUUCCCAUCAGAUGGGUGGAGGAGGUAAUGAGGAAGUUCAUUCCUAAGGAGUAG